AUGGGUCUCAUCACCAAGAUCGAACACAAGGUACAAGAGAAGAUGCACGGAAGCCACCAGCAACAGCCUCAGCACGGCCCCGGCUCCCAGGAGGGUGGCCCUCACCAAGGCGGAGGCCCACACGGCGGCCACGGCGGACCCGGUCCCUCGGGCCCUGGUCCACAUGAGGGCGGUGGCCAUGGUGGUCCUGGCGGCCCUGGUGGUCCUCACGGAGGGCCUCAUGGCGGUCAGGGUGGACCUCACGGUGGCGGUCACGGCGGCCCCGGAGGUCCCGGAGGCCCCGGCGGCCGAGACGGUCCGGGGUUUUGA